AUGGGCCUCCACCGCAGCCUCCACCGCAUGGGCCUCCACACCAUCCACCACACCAUGGUCCCCCACACCAUGGACCUCCACAUCAUGGGCCUCCACCGCAUGGGCCUCCACACCAUCCACCACACCAAGGGCCUCAUCCCCAUGGAGAUCACCACCCUCCACCACCUUAAGGACAAACCCUUCCCAGGUAAGUUGGAAAUGUUGUUUAAUAUAUAUAUAAUAUUAUUGUUAUUUGUGAAUGCCAUUUCCUGAGGACGGUUAUGCAAUACUGGUAACAUUCAUCAUUUGGAACACUUGGAUUCGGGUAACUUAUGUUAAUGAUAUAAUUCAAUGUUAGUACAAGGCUUAAAUUUCGUCUGUAACACAGGUUUAAAAUUGCUAAAAGGUUUACAUCGUAAUGAUAGUCUUUGGUUUGCAUAGUUAUCUCAACGAACAUUUCAAAUGUCACUCUUGUAGGUUAAGAACUAUAGCAAUACCCUGAUUUCACGUCCAUAAUUUUUCAUCAUUUGCAAAUGUUUUCAAGUACUAUAUCCGGUUGGAAAGUAAACGGAAAACGGGUGAUGUCAGUGAAACGUUUUCGAAACAAAAGGAACUUCUGUGUAGCGGUUGGGUUCCCUGUAUUGUUUUUUCUUCCCCUGUGUUAUCAGACCUUGUCUUUCGCCCUUCUUGUUAUGCUUUUGGCAAGUGUUUGCACGGCUUAGGAAAAAAAACCCCGACAUUUCGCGACGCCACCAUUGAUACCAGUUUCAGGAUAGUUUGUAGCUGCUUUUCCAUAAAUCGGACUGAUUUGUACAAAUGCUAAACGCGUUUGCCAAACCGUUGAAAGUUACUAGUCCUAGCCGAGCUUAGGUAACGACAAAGGUGACAUCCCGUACGUCAAAAGUAACAACCAUAAGUCUUUCUUUUUUUUUUAAUUGUUUGACUCGAUAACGUCAUACUACAGUAACUAAAACAAAAACUUUCAAACUUGUUAUGUCAUGUAGAAGUGUUUCAUAGAGCGACCUGAAGACAAACAACUGGUUGUCAUUCAUGACGCCCGCGACGUAAGAGUUGCUUAGACUCCCUGAUUUUACAAUUUUCCCAAAUCGUGAACCGACUAGUUUGCCCGUAUAACCUUGAGGAAGUAAUAACUGUCACUUGCUAAGUUAAAUUAUUGUCUUUUUUUCUUCUAUUUUUGUUUCAGAUAUGAAUAUUUCUGGAAGUAGCAGCAGAAGCAUCAGUGAUUAG